CCAUGUUUGCGGAAGCUCGGUCACUACUACACAGCUAGCUGCUUGGAGGCUUGUCGCUCAUCGCUGUGAAUGUUGUAGCGACGUCUUAUAAUUCAACAUGAAUUUACCAAAGGGACCAGACUCUUUGUGCUUCGACAAAGAUGUUUUUAUGAAGGAUGACUUUGACGUUGACCAGUUUGUGGCGGAGUGUCGGAAGCAGGUCCAGCUGGAGGAGAUGAGAGAGGACCUGGAGCUCUACUACAAGCUGCUGAAAACAGCCAUGGUGGAGCUCAUCAACAAGGACUAUGCAGACUUUGUUAACCUCUCCACCAACCUGGUGGGGAUGGACAAGGCCCUCAAUCAGCUCUCUGUGCCCUUGGGACAGUUACGAGAGGAGGUUAUGAGCCUGCGGUCCUGCGUCAGUGAGGUGAUUCAGUCUAUAGACAACCAGCUGUCCAAACAGGAAGAUCUGCAGAAAAAAAAGGUAUGUGUAUUGAGGCUGAUCCAAGUGGUGCGCUCAGUGGAGAAGAUUGAGAAAAUCCUCCACUCACAGAACUCCAAGGAAUCCAGCUCUCUGGAAAUCAGCAGCCCCUUGUUAGCAGGUCAGAUCCUGGAGAGGAUAGCUACAGAAUUCAACCAGCUGCAGUUCCACGCUGUACAGAGUAAAGGCAUGCCCCUACUGGACAAAGUCAGACCUCGUAUCGCAGGUAUAACCUCCAUGCUGCAGCAGUCUCUGGAGGGUCUGCUGAUCGAGGGGCUGCAGACGUCCAACGUGGACAUGGUACGUCACUGCCUGAGGACAUACGCCACCAUUGACAAGACCCGAGACGCUGAGGCCCUGGUAGGACAGGUGCUGGUCAAACCAUACAUGGACCAGGUGAUAGUGGAGGAAGUGGUGAAGUCCAAUCCAAACGGUCUCCAGUUGAUGUAUACUCGACUGUUGGAGUUUGUUCCUCAUCACUGUAGACUCCUCAGAGAGGUGACUGGAGGAGCGAUAUCCAGUGACAAAGCUGACAUAGUGCCAGGCUAUGAUUUCCUGGUGAACUCUGUGUGGCCGGAGAUGAUCAAAGGAAUAGAGGAGAGGUUGUCUUACCUCUUCAACCCCGGAAACCCCGACAUGUUCUACGAGCGUUACAGCGUGAGUAUGGAGUUUGUGCGGAGGUUCGAACGCCAGUGCAGCUCGCAGGCCAGUGUAAAGAGGCUGAGAGUGCAUCCUUCAUACACCAGCUUCCACAACAAAUGGAACCUGCCUGUCUACUUUCAACUACGGUACAAGGAAGUAGCCGGAAGUCUGGAGAACGCCAUAAGUGAUGGAUUAGAGGCAGCACCAGCUGGCAGUGCGUAUCACCUGCAGGUGUCUGUGGUGUUAUGGUCCUGCCUAGUUAAGUGUUGGUCAGACAAAGUCUACCUUUCACCUCUGGCUCAUCGCUUCUGGAAGCUCACGCUGCAGCUCUACUCACGAUACGCCAAGUUUCUUGACGAGGUGUUAACUAAAACUCCAGCCCCUGAGGUGACUAAAGAGCCCACCAGGCCUCUACCGAGCUCAGCCUCGUCCACCUCCAGUCGAACUUCAAUGGACGAGGCCGGCAGCGAGAGCGGGAGUCCCACCUCUCUGUCCACCAAACAGCUGGUCUACAUCGCAGCGGACAUCCAAAAACUACAGGAGCAGAUACCAGAGUUGUCAGAGAUGGUCAGACAGCGGUUAGAAGCCAUUGGAUUCAAGAACUUUGCUGUUGUGGAAGGUGCUCUGGCGGACUCCAAGGCUUGCCUCUCAAGUAGCAUUCCCACUCUCAACAGUAGGAUGACCCAGCAUCUGACUGAACGCUGCUGUCGCUUCCUGAAGAGUGCCUCUGAGGUUCCACGACUCUACCGCAGGACAAAUAAGGAUCUGCCGGUGCGCGCAUCAGCGUACAUGGACAACGCCUUACGUCCGUUACAUCAGGUGUUGACUGACUCAACGGGGCUGGUCACGCCUGCUACAGCACAAGAGUGGCUGCGAGUUGCACUUUCUGACUGCACACAGAGGUACUAUGAGACCAUCUCUGAGGUGCUGAGCUCAGUGAGGAAGAUGGAGGAGAGUCUAAAGCGUCUGAAGCAAGCCAGGAAGGGCACGACCACGACUACCACAGCAGGAGCAAACGGCGGACCCACAGACGACAGCAAGAUCCGCCUUCAGCUGGCGCUCGAUGUGGAAUACCUCGGGGAACAGAUCCAGAAGAUGGGUCUUCAGCCAACUGACAUCUCGAUGUUCUCCACUCUGAUGGACUUGGUGAAAGAGGCCCGAGAGCUUGCUGAUCAGAACCAGUAGACUCUGGUUGACUCCAUAGUAACUGAAACCCAUUAAUAUGCUGCGCUCAUCCUUGCAUUUCCACAGGAUGUGUGAAGGAGAAAAAAUGGUCCCAGUCCAGGCGAGGGCUGUGCGAUAUGACCAAAAUCUCAUAUCCAUAAGUCAUUUUUUAUCCUGAUAGCGAUACAUAUCCCAAUAUAGCACAUUUUCUGUAAAUUCAAUGAAUAAAUAGUUUCUGAUGUGCAAUGCAUUGGUCUGGUUGUGACACAACGGAAUAAACGAUAGAGCAUAAUAUGCAAUGAUAGAUGUUUUUUCUAUCAUCACAUGAUAUAUAUAUAUCGUCAUAUUGCACAGUCCUAGUCCAGGCCGAAGUCAUUGCUUGGGUUACAAUGAUCUGACCACAACAAAAGUAGGAUAAGUACUACUGGACACUACUGAAAUCUGUCUGAUCAAGUGUUAAAGUGUUGUUGGAAACACAGCAGAGACAGUACUGUCUGUCUGUCUGCGAGACUGAAUUAUCAUUGGAUCUACUGUAGGAAAUGUGACUAAAAUGGAUUGUUGCGUGGUAUCAUGUUCAUGAAAUGUUUUCCACAUAAUAAUCAAUGCUGAAUGCUGGUGAUAUGCACUGCUCUAUGCAAACUAAUAUACUGAUCUUAUGUUGGGCCAGAAUGCUGCAUAACAAUAGUUUCUAAGUUGUAAAGUCAGUCAGACAACAUUUGUUUGUUUUCUGCUACCUGGUGAAGGAUAAAGCAAAGAUAAGGAAGUCUGUUUGUGGGUCUCAUGUACAUUUUUGUUAAAAUCAGAUUUAUAUAAUAUAAUAUGUUUGACAUAAUUACCUUGGGAUUAAAAUAAAGAACUUUGGAUACCAUA